AUGUGGACAGUUGCCACCUCCGCAAUCUACCUCAUAACAGACCAACACCAUCCCCGACCCCAAGAACAACGAGGUUACCUCAUGCCACUAUACCGACGAAUAGGCUUGCCUCGGUGGCUAUCCCUGCGUAAGGUGCCGACAUUGGCUAUCGGCGGCGUAUUACAACUUCUGUUGCGUUUCUUCCUGACUUCGCUCGAGGUCUUGCGUAUUCCGACCGAUGAAUCUGCGCUUUGGAUAGGAUAUCUGAGGGAUAUCGAAAGCCUAGCUAUAGGGGCUUUUGAUGACGCUACGAGUGGUUUUGGUAAUCGUAAACGGCAGGCAGACAAAACGUCACAGUUUAUGGGAUUGCCUGCUGCGACCAGACACGCCUCGCGUCGAAGAAGCAAGCGGACUUUCCUUUUCGUUCUACAGAACGUAGAUGCAGCCCCGCCGCAUGCUGAUGCUCCGCGACUUGCCGGGCCUUGCUCACUGGGGCAGGUCAUACUCCCCAAUAUCUUCCCAUGUUCCGACUUUCUGACGCAUAAGCCCGGGCAGACCUUCGGGCGAUCGCCAGACCUAGGGCCGGGACCCAUUUACAGCAUACGUUCCGGCCAAUGCUCUCCGGAGGAGGUCCACAGCCAGGUCCUGGACCUGCGUCGAUCAGGCGCUGCUAUACGAACUGUCGUGCCCAUGAGACCUAUCAGGUCAUUCAGCUUUGGGCGCUUUCUUCUGCAAUGA